GGUAUAUAUAUUAGUACAACACGUAUAUAUAACAUAACGGUAACGGCAGCGGGCACAGUCGAAAUUUUGAUUUUCUCGUGAACAAGUCGCCUGCGGAAAUUCUGAUUAGGAUCUGUGUUAAGCGCAAAUAAAAUUCUAGUUAAAAGUUAGAGCGCGCGUUCCAAUCCCCCCCAACAACGUAAUUCCACUCACACACAUACCAACAGCAGCAGCAGAGGCAGCCGCAGCGGAUUAACAUUUAGUUACUCUUUCCAACAACAACACCAAAAAAACAAUAAAAAUGGCCGAUCAGCUGACAGAGGAACAAAUCGCCGAGUUCAAAGAGGCAUUCUCGCUAUUCGACAAAGACGGCGAUGGCACCAUCACAACAAAGGAAUUGGGAACAGUCAUGCGCUCCCUGGGACAGAACCCCACAGAGGCCGAGCUGCAGGACAUGAUAAACGAGGUCGAUGCCGAUGGCAACGGAACCAUUGAUUUCCCAGAAUUCCUUACCAUGAUGGCACGCAAAAUGAAGGACACCGACAGCGAAGAGGAGAUCCGAGAAGCCUUCAGAGUGUUCGACAAGGACGGCAACGGCUUCAUCUCAGCGGCCGAGCUGCGUCACGUGAUGACAAAUUUGGGCGAGAAGUUAACAGACGAGGAGGUCGAUGAGAUGAUCCGCGAGGCUGAUAUCGAUGGUGAUGGUCAGGUCAAUUACGAAGAGUUCGUGACCAUGAUGACAUCGAAGUGAAGCGUUAAAUUAUUUCUUUUUAAGCCUUUCUAUUUGUUUAAGAUGUUGACGAAGACUGUAGCUGUGCGCAAUAACAUCGCGCCACGCUGUUGCUAUGGACCCCAGUAAAAGAUCUUAAAAACAAAACAUAAAACAAAACAACAAAGAGUUAAGCAAAAAACAACAACAACAACAAAAAGCAACAUGAAGAGGAGGAAGAAGAAGCAAAAAAACAUUUAAGAAACUUUAAUACAAAUGAAACCUACACUUAAAGAAACGCAAACGCAAAAGCAAAAGCAAAAGUAAAAGCAAAUGCAAAUUUAAACAAGCAACACACAUGAACGAACAUCAACCAAAAAGUCCUGAUAAAAUUACACACCAACAAACAAAUUUGUAAUGCAACCAAACAACAACAAGAACAACAUACAAUUUAAUGAAGUCACCGUUUAAAAGAACAACAAUUACAAUUACCAGAAGUAAAUCGCAUGUUAUCAAGAAAUACUAAACGAGAAGAACAAGUACAAGCACAAGCACGCAGUAUCGGGAGAAGAAGGCAAAAGCAGCAGCCGCAUGAGGGCCCCCCCUCCGCUCGGGCGUCGGCGCCAUCUGGCGACGACAACUGAAGCGGCUGCCUUUUGCAUUUCUCAAUUUUCGUUUUAAGAAGAACAAGAAGAAGACUCGAAUCUGUAGCUAAUGGAUAACAAAACCAAACUGUGUUUAGGUAUUAACAAAAUUUUUGUCGAUUUCGUUGCGAGAGAAAAUAAAAAUAAAAUAAAAUAAAA